AUGGCCUCCCCCACCGGCGUGAGGCAGCGCGCUGCUAAAGACAGUAAGAAGCGCUCGACAACACCAACCCCCCCGUCCGCCGCAGUCGUGUCUGAAAAGGCCGCAGUCGUGUCUGAAAAGGCUGCCAAUUUCCUCGAAAAGGCCAAGCCGUACAAGCCACGACAGAAGCAGUCAGAAUGGAACUACAAGCUCACCAUCACAAUCAUGACGGCGCUUGCAUUCGUCACGCGCUUCUGGGGCAUCUCCCACCCGGACCAGGUCGUCUUUGAUGAAGUGCACUUUGGAAAGUUUGCUUCAUACUACCUGCAACGAACCUACUUCUUCGAUGUUCAUCCUCCUUUCGGAAAGCUCCUGUUCGCCUUCGCUGGCUGGCUCGUUGGCUACAAGGGCGAGUUCCUCUUCGAGAACAUCGGCGACUCGUACGUCUCCAACAACGUUCCCUACGUCGCAUACCGUGCCAUGCCCGCCUCGCUGGGCGCUCUCACCGUUCCCAUUGUCUUCCUCAUCAUGUGGGAGUCUGGCUACUCCCUGCCCGCAUGCGUCACUGCUGCUGGUCUCAUGCUCCUCGACAACGCCCAUAUUGGCCAGACCCGCCUGAUUCUGCUUGAUGCAUCGCUCAUCUUCUUCAUGGCCCUUUCGGUCCUCGCAUACGUUCGUUUCUACAAGCUGCGACAUGACCCCUUCAGCCGCAAGUGGUGGAAGUGGCUGCUCUUGACGGGCAUCAGCCUGAGCUGUGUCAUUUCCAUCAAGUACGUCGGUGUCUUCACCUUCUUCUCGAUUGGUGUCCCUGUUCUGUUCGACCUGUGGGACCUGAUGGAUGUCAACCGCCGCCAGGGCGCAUUGUCUCUUCCCGAGUUCGGCAAGCACUUCGCUGCUCGCAUCAUUGGUCUGGUCGUCGUUCCCUUCUUCCUCUACCUAUUCUGGUUCCAGGUUCACUUCACCAUCCUCAACCGAUCCGGUCCUGGUGACGACUUCAUGACUCCCGAGUUCCAAGAGACUCUGAGCGACAACGUGAUGACGCUCCAGUCUGUUGGUAUCAACUACUACGACUCCAUCACCAUGCGCCACAAGGAGACAAAGGUUUACCUCCACAGUCACACAGACAAGUACCCGCUCCGCUACGAUGAUGGCCGUGUCUCUUCUCAGGGACAGCAAGUUACUGGAUAUCCUCACAACGACACCAACAACCACUGGCAGGUACUCCCCGUGAAGGCACUCCCGAGUGAGGUUGGUCAGCGCGUCAAGAUUGGCGAUGUCGUCCGUCUGCGCCACGUUAUCACCGACACCGUCCUUCUUACACACGAUGUCGCAUCUCCUUACUACCCCACCAACCAGGAGUUUACCACUGCUGCCAAGGACGAGGCGGCUGGCGCACGUUUCAACGAUACUUUGUUCGAGAUCAAAGUUGAAAAGGGCAAGGGUGACUUCAAGACCAUGUCCACUCAUUUCAAGCUUGUCCACGUGCCCACCAAGGUUGCCAUGUGGACUCACACCAAGCCUCUGCCUGAUUGGGCGUACAAGCAGGCCGAAAUCAACGGCAACAAGAACGUCCAACAGUCCAGCAACGUCUGGUAUGUAGACGAUAUUCCUUCUUUGCCUGCGGAAGACGAGCGCAACAAGAAGGAGGUCAAGCAAGUCAAGCACCUUAGCUUCCUCCGGAAAUGGGUCGAGCUUCAGCGCGCCAUGUUUUACCACAACAACGCCUUGACCAGUUCUCACCCGUAUGCUUCUCAGCCCAUCUCCUGGCCUUUCCUUCUUCGCGGUGUCUCUUUCUGGACACACAACGAUACCCGCGAACAGAUCUACUUCCUUGGCAACCCAAUCGGUUGGUGGCUCGUAUCUUCUCUUCUGGCAGUCUUCGCUGGUAUUAUCGGCGCUGACCAGUUGGCUCUGCGCCGUGGCAUGGACGCUCUCGACGACCGCACCCGCUCCCGUCUCUAUAACUCGACUGGAUUCUUCUUCCUUACCUGGGCCGCUCACUACAUCCCAUUCUACAUCAUGGGUCGUCAGCUGUUCCUGCACCACUAUCUCCCAGCUCACCUUGCAUCUUGUCUGGUUACGGGUGCCCUAGUCGAAUUCAUCUUCUGCAUCGAGCCCCAGGAACCUCAAACCCCCGGAACUCCUGCUGAGAAGGGCCACCGCAGGACUCGCUCCCGCCCUGUUCGCGAGCGUGUUGCCACUGCCAGCCAGCUUGGAAGCUGGAUCGCCACAGGCGUCAUCUUGGCUGCGGCUCUCUGGUGCUUCCUCUUCUUUGCGCCGCUCACGUAUGGCAAGCCAGGUCUCACGGUUGAUCAGGUUCAGGCCAGGAAGUGGCUCGGCUACGACUUGCACUUCGCCAAAUAG